UAAAGUACAGUGCUCUUCUUCUUUAAACCGUGUUUUUCGUGCAUUAAAUAUUUUAUUUUAUAUAUUUGUACAUUACUCCCUGCUUGUAAACCAAUAAAAUACACAAGAACCAGCAAAAGACCUUCCACAGUUGUUUUAUUUUAAUUUUUUCGCCCGAAAGGCCCAAUCUUACCCAGAUGUUCUAACCUGUUGCGUUUGAUUCUCCAAUUGACAGCCGCCACAUCCGCAUCUGCAACUAAGAUUCCACCACGUAAACGCGGCAGACCGAAAACAAAGGUUGAGGAUCAGACGCCCAAGCCGAAGCUCCUGGAAAAACUACAGGCGGCUACCCUGAACGAGGAGGCCAGCGAGCCUGCGGUGUACGCCUCCACCACGAAGGGCGGUGUCAAGCUAAUCUUCAAUGGUCACCUGUUCAAGUUCUCGUUCCGCAAGGCGGACUAUUCCGUGUUUCAGUGCUGCUACCGUGAGCACGGCGAGGAGUGCAAGGUGCGGGUGGUAUGCGACCAGAAAAGAGUCUUUCCUUACGAGGGCGAGCACGUGCACUUCAUGCAGGCCAGCGACAAAAGCUGCCUACCCUCUCAAUUCAUGCCUGGCGAAUCGGGAGUCAUAUCCUCGCUGUCGCCCAGCAAGGAGCUGCUGAUGAAGAAUACCACCAAGCUCGAGGAAGCCGACGACAAGGAGGAUGAAGAUUUCGAGGAGUUUGAGAUUCAGGAGAUCGACGAGAUUGAAUUGGACGAACCGGAGAAGACGCCCGCCAAGGAGGAAGAAGUGGACCCCAAUGAUUUCCGUGAAAAAAUCAAGCGACGACUGCAAAAAGCACUGCAGAACAAGAAGAAGUGACACGGAAUAUGCCUUAGAUCUUCAAACUACACCUUUUACUAUAUAAACUUAACUAAGAUCGAGAAGGCUCAAGAAGGCCCAACAGUACAAGAUCUGAGCUGCCUAAGGGCUUCACAUUAUACUUUCUAUAUCCAUUUGGGUCUUAAAUAGCCCUAAUAAUUCUAAAUAAUUAAGUUUUUCGUAAUAAAACGAUGUCAAUAAAUCGGACCUUAAACCAUUUCACUAGCUAGUAAGAUCUAACUUAAUACGUAGCUGUACUCAAAACCCCAUUUAAAUGAUAAAUAACAUAAGCCCUUUCAUGUCUUUCAGUGACCCAACACGUCCGCAACUGUGGUCCUCAGAUGUUCCUGAUCAGCCGCAAGGGCGGCACUCUGUUGACCAUCAACAACUUUGUGUACCGCUCCAAUCUUAAGUUCUUCGGCAAGAGCAAUAAUAUCCUGUACUGGGAGUGCGUCCAAAACCGAUCGGUUAAGUGCCGCAGUCGCUUAAAGACCAUCGGCGAUGAUCUCUAUGUAACCAAUGAUGUGCACAAUCACAUGGGCGACAACAAGCGUAUUGAGGCGGCCAAGGCGGCUGGGAUGCUGAUCCACAAGAAGUUGAGUUCCCUCACAGCCGCCGACAAAAUCCAGGGUUCCUGGAAAAUGGACACCGAGGGCAACCCAGACCAUCUGCCCAAGAUGUAGCCGCUUCCUAUACAUUCCCAACCCAAACGUUCGUGUUCUGUUAGGGCUAAGCUAAUGUAUUCUACUAUUGUUCUUGAGCGUAUAUCAUUGAUUUAGACUGAGUGUCCCGAGCCUAGUUAGGAUGGGUAAGUAGCCUGUUCAUCUGGGAUCUCAAAGUACCAUUUUUGUAAUUCUUAAAGUCCCGGGUCAUAUUAUUUAUUCUGUUCUCAUUGCUUAGACGCUUUUGGCCACGGCACUGACUUAAACAAUGGCUUGUGUUACGUACAAAAUAUGAACUCUUAAUAAAAUCAGAUGAACAUCU